CUUUUCUUUCCAUUUUUCCCUCCUUUCUUUCUCUCUUCCUCCCCCCGCCCAUUUCCUCUUCUGCCAUGGGACUGUGAAUUCAUCAUCAUCAUUAUCAUCUCCUCUUCUGAUAAACUGUUUACAUCUCUCACUAAUAAUGGCAGCUGUUUCCUCAAUUUCCUUCUCUGCAUUAGGUCAAUCCUCCAGUAAGAAGAUCUCUCCGCCAUCCGCUCGUUCCCUUUCCUUCAAUUUCGACGGUUUCCUUCUUCGAGCAAACUUUUCCAAUGACGCUUUAUUAGCUGUUCGAGCUUCGAAUUCCACUUCAUCAAUGGUGAUUCGCUGCAUCUCUGCUUCAGCUGAUAUACCUACUGUUGCUGAAACGAAGUUGAAUUUCUUGAAUUCCUAUAAACGACCAAUCCCUAGCAUCUAUAACACAGUCCUGCAGGAACUCAUUGUUCAACAUCAUCUGAUGAAGUACAAGAAAACUUAUCAAUAUGAUGCUGUUUUUGGACUUGGAUUUGUUACUGUCUAUGAUCAGCUCAUGGACGGUUAUCCAAGUGAUGAAGAUCGAGAAGCUAUCUUUCAAGCAUACAUCAAAGCACUCAAGGAGGAUCCUGAUCAAUACAGAAACGAUGCAAAAAGGCUAGAAGAAUGGGCGAAAGGUCAGAAUGCAAGUUCACUUAUCGACUCUACAUCAAGGGAAGGAGGUGUGGAAGGAAUUCUAAAGGAUAUUGCAGAAAGAGCGGCUGGUAAUGGAAGCUUCAGUUACAGUCGCUUCUUUGCUAUCGGUUUGUUUCGCUUACUUGAGCUGGCCAAUGCAACUGAUCCAACUCUUCUAGAAAAGCUUUGUGCUGCGUUAAACAUAAACAAGAAAAGCGUGGACCGAGAUCUUGAUGUGUAUCGCAAUUUGUUGUCCAAGCUUGUUCAAGCCAAAGAGCUUCUCAAGGAGUAUGUUGACAGGGAGAAAAAGAAGCAAGUAGAGCGAUCUGAAUCUCAAAAAGCUAGCGAGGCUAUAACAAAAUGCUUGGGAGAAUUCCAACAUGCUUCUGGAUGGUAAAUGCGGUUGCUUUUAUUUUAUGUAAUCUUUACGUUUACGCACUCAAGAAGCUAGCCUUUUAAGAUUUGUUGCGAACUCCAAUUUAUUUAUUUGUCAAUAUACUAUACACGACAAAAAUCUAGCUAUCGUGCUUUAUCCCAUUUAUGAGAAAUAGAAGAAGAAAAUAUGAAGGAA